AUCACUCUCCCUCUCUCUCUCUCUCUCUCUUGAAGCGAAAAUGGCGUCUAUUCCUCCUACAAUCACCACGCACAUCUCAUUCACUUCUUCGUGUUCUCGUUCUUCUCAGAUAUUACGGUCGCCCUUCUUAGCUUUUACAAAGACACUCGGGUGGCGGAGUGCUUCUCGGUCACUGAAGAGGGCUGAUUCAGCCGGCGGAGGCGGCGGAGCUCGGUGCUGGUUCAAGUUUGGGAACCGCGGCGUCGACGCCGAGGGCGCUGGAAUCUAUGGAAGCCAAUCUCGGGAUGAUUUCGACCGGGAUGAUGUGGAGCAGUAUUUCAACUACAUGGGAAUGCUUGCUGUGGAAGGUUCAUAUGAUAAAAUGGAGGCUCUUUUGGAUCUGAAAAUUCACCCUGUUGACAUUCUUCUAAUGCUGGCGGCCUCUGAAGGGGACAAACCAAAAAUAGAGGAACUUCUAAGGGCUGGCGCGAAAUUUGAUAUCAGAGAUGUUGAUGGCAGAACUGCAUUGGAUAGAGCUAAUGAUGAGAUCAAACAGUUCAUUCUUGGCUUUUCUGUGCAGAAAGCUGCAUGACUGAAUUUUACAUGGAUUUAACACCUGGAACUUGAUUUGACUUUGGCUUUGCCAAAUUAUCCGAGUACCUCUGUAUUAUGGAUUACCAGGAUCAUAUUUUUUUAGCCAUGAAGUGUCUCUGUAAUGCUCACU